AUGGAGUCGAGAUUGCUGCGUAACUUGGAUUCCAAAAUAAGCGCGAAAGAAUAUUACGAUGCUCACCAGCUAGUGCGUGCCCUGUUUGAGAGAUAUGCGCGGAAGGGUGACCUUCGGGCCGGUGUGGAUUUUGCUGACAAGUAUGCCGAAGUGUUUGCAGAGCAUGGGCAGUUUGAGUUGUGUGUAAACCUGGGGCAGCGUGUGCUUCGUCUUAUGCAGACUACUGACCAGAUGCCUACGGGGGAGAACAUCGGAAAGCUUGCAGUACUAUUUUGCUUGUGCGGCCCCAAUAGCACAGAUAGCAAGUACGAGUACAUGAACCAGGUCAUCCAAUGGUCUAAAAGGAACCCCGAGGCAUCCGAGGAAGAGAAGAGAGAUGGAGCUCACGACCUGCACUCCAUGAUCGCUGACGCGUACCUGAAUGAAAACAAGUUCGGUGCCUGCCAAAACCAUCUGGUCUUUUGCGAUGAUAUAGAUGCCAUGGUCGACCUCACCAGACGAUGGCAGGAGACAUGCUACCCCACCGAAAAAUGGCUCAUUCCUCUACGGCUGACCCUUAUUUUGCUGUGCAACAAAAAGUUCCAAGUCGCCAAAUCGUACCUGGACAAAUGCUUCGACAGCUGGAACUCUCCAGACUGCCCUGCACCCCUGCAAAUGGCUUACCUCACGUGGGCGGCUUGCCAACACAACUCCUUGGAGCUGUACGAAACUGUGAGCAGGAAGUACGCCUUAAUCUUUAGACUAGAUGAAGGCAUUGCGAGACUCUUUGAAACGCUGCAGUCCGCCGUCUUCAAGAUCCAAAAACAGCAUUCCGGCAUCCUAGACAUGAUGUCGCAGUUUCUGGCAGGCGCUCCGCCCCUUACCGCUUAA